CGGUCCCGCUGUUGCCGCAUAGCGCCGUCUUUUUUUUUUCCCCAUUUCUCCCUCCGCGUUUGUUCUCCGAGUUGGGUAUCGGUCCGUCGCCCGUUUCUCUUGAUGGCCGUCGUCGUUGACGACGGGCGCUAUUACGUCGGUUCACCCAGAUCUCUCGCGUGCGCAUUCUCCAAUCUUUUUACACACUCCCCACUUUUCUUUUUUUGCCUCCACGUUCGCUAGUCCCGCACGAUCGUCAGUCCCGCACAGAACAUCGACGGGCCACUAUCCCAAUUUAUUUUUUUAAUUUUUGGUGUGUGCAUCAUUUUUUUUUUUUCUCGUGUAGGCCUCGUGAUAUGAUUUCGAAAAUUGCGUGCGUCUCUUAAAAGACGGCCAGUGUGUUCGGGUUUGUUUAAAGGGAAUUUCUGUGGAGUGGAGUGCGUCUUCUGGAACAUGUCUGAACCUCUUGAGAUCUCCCAAUGUAAUUUCGAGUGUGUUUGAUCGUGAAAAAAAAAAAAAUUGCGUGUUCCAGCAGAAAAAGGAAAAAAAAAAGGCCGAUCAGGAAAUGAACUUGUUUCUGGUUGGACAAUUGAGUCAAGGUGGGAGGACAUUUUGAUUUUUUUUUUUCACUUUAGACGAGGAAAUUUCAAUGAUGAUUUCGCAAGUGAAUUUUGCCCGACCGUGGGAUAUGUCUGGUAAUGGCAACGCUAAUUGUAAUAACGACAAUCAUCUGACAUCAUCAAAACUAGGCCUGGCUCCAUUACAAGCGAUCCGGUGCACAAUGCCUGCCUGCCCGUGCGAGUGUUUCCAGCCCGGCAAAUUGCAAUUGAGACAGUGCCAGACCUGCAAACACGGCUGGGUUCCACACGCCCUGGAUAAAUUGGGAAUGAGAUCUGGAACGUUCAAUUCGAGUGCGAACGGUACGGGUCCAGUGGAGCCGGCCCUGCCCAACACGGUGUUCGAUGUGGCCAGUUUGGCCCUGUACGGUUGUCAAGCGUUGCCCAUCCGGCUGAAGAUCCUUCUCGACCGGCUCUUCUCCGUCCUUCCGCCCGAGGACGUCGUUCAAGUGCUCACAGGUUUCGGAUGGUCCCUCGAAGAUUACGCCAGAGGUUACAUCCUACAAGAUGCACAGGGACGGCCGGUUGAAGUGUGGAGCAUUUGCGGACGUGACGAAGAGCCGUUGGUUCUGCAACAAUUCCUUCGGUUCGGCGAGACGCGCGUCAUCGCCUCUCGCAUCUUGCAACAACACGAGAACGAGACGAAAACAUGGGCAGCUGCGGCGGCCGCUUCGUCGGCCUCGUCCGGCUCGGAUCAACAGCAGCGCAGCAGCGCCAGGAUGCCGACGGCCAACAACAACAAGGAAGGCUCGUCGGAAAGGGAGCAGCAACAACAACAGCAACAACAACAGUUGAAACUCAAUUCGGAAAUCAAGGAGUUUCUGAAGAAAGCGCAGCAAAAUCCGCAGGCGGCCCUGGCCGGCAUGCUGGGCCAUUCCGGUCUACCGGCGUUUGUCAACCCGCUCAAUUCGUUGUCGUUUCCUUUCAUUCCCGGGCUGACCGGCCCGCCCGGCCCGCUGAAUCACCUGCCCCGCUUGCCGCCCAUGAUGAACCUGCCUCCGCCACCUCCGCCAGCGCCUCACCAGUCGACGACGUUGCCGCGACUGCCCACAGCCGCCGUCCAGCCGCAACAGCAGCACAGUCCGCCCGUUUCAUCGAUCUCCAACAGCCACGCCAGCGCUAGUUUAACGUCCAGCAACAACAACAACAACAACAUGCAGGCCGUUUCGUCUUCUUCUUCCUCCUCCUCCGCCGCAGCAGCCGCCGCCGCUGCCACGCAGAGUCCGCUAGGCCGGCUGCAAGGCAUGCAGCCGUUCGAUUUCCGAUCGGUGGUUCAACAGUCGGCCAAGGAGCGCUGCAGUCGCAGCCCGGAAUCGAAUCGCAUCCGCCUGACGCCGCCUCCGCUCUCGUCCUCGUCGGCCAGCACUUUGAAUCUGAAGAGCCUGCAGUCGCUGACGGCGGCGCAUGCGCAGCACUCGGCGGCCGUCUCGCCGCUGUGUCUGACCAACAAGCCGCCGGCCGACGCCCACGCGGCCGACAGGAGUGCUGGCCACCAGCAGCGCCACAGGUCGCGUUCGGCCUCGAGCAGCAGCAGCGAGCUGGACUGGGACGAGGACGACAUGAUGGACGACAGCGACAUGUACGACAGCGGGACGGCGCCGCAGAACGCGCUCAAUUUGACCCGCAAGAGCGGCGCAACGGCCGGCCGCCAUCACGGCCAGCGCAAUCGGCCCGAGAUUUCCGACUCGCUCAGCGAAGCCGAACGGACGAUGAUGCGCAGGCCGGGCAAGUCCGGCUCUCAGGGUGGCGGCGGUGGUGGUGGCGGAGGUGGUGGUGGGGGUCAGGGCGGAAGCGGCGGGCAAGGCGGCGGAUCGUCGAUGAAACGCAGCUGGAAUCCGCUGGGCCCGCUGGGCACUCAGCUGAUCAAUCCGGCCACGGGCAAGAAGAGGGUUCAGUGCAACGUGUGCCUCAAGACGUUCUGCGACAAGGGCGCCUUGAAGAUCCACUUUUCGGCCGUGCACUUGCGCGAGAUGCACAAGUGCACGGUGGACGGGUGCAACAUGAUGUUUAGUUCGCGCCGCUCCCGCAACAGGCACAGCGCCAAUCCCAACCCCAAACUGCACAGCCCGCACCUGAGGCGCAAGAUAUCGCCGCACGACGGCCGCACGUCGCAGCCCCAUCCGGCACUCGGUUCGCUCAUUUCGCACGUCCAGCACGGAGGAGGACCUCACGGGCCUUCGGGGGCCUUCCCCGGUCUGGCGCAUCUACCCGCACUCGGCGCCGGAAUGCAUCAUCCGCACCACGCGUCCGCUAUGAUGGGGCCGGACGGUUUCGGCAAGGCCGGCGGCCUGGGCGGUGGCGGCCUGGGUGGUGGUGGUGGAGGAGAGUCGCACAGGGAGCGUUCGGUUUCGUCCAUGUCGUCGUCGGGAGGCGGCAAUGGUGGCGGAAUGGGCCCAGAUGGCGACGUCAUUAAAGGGCGCAAUUAUUACGCCGCCUCUUCGGACGACCUGGACGACGACCUGGACGAUCUGAGCAGCCUGGACGAAGGCGAGGAAGGCAGCGCAGGCAACAACAGGCUGCAUCACGUGGCCGGCCACGAAUCGGCUCAUGGCGGGCCGGCUGGCGUCCAUCACCAAGACCUGGGGAGCCACAACAACGUCCCGUCCUCUCCCAAACAGCAGCCGCAACAGCCACAACAACAUCAACAAGCUGGACAUCAAAGUAGCGGCGGAGGUGGAGGAGCCGUGCGCAAGCGCAAGAGCCAAAACCCGACGCGGCUCUUCCAGCAACAACAGCAAGUGGCCGACGCUUACCUGUCGGACAACGACGGACGUUCGGACGCGUCGGACCGGUCGGGCGGCGGAUCGUCUUCGGGCCGCACGCGCAAGAAUCACAACAACAACAGCCAGACGAAGAGGAUCAAAACGGAGGUGGACUUUGCGCGUGGGCAGCACUCGCCGGCCGUGGGCUACCGGACGGACGAAGACGCUGACGACGAUGCGGACGACGGGCUGGAUUCAAAAAACGGGUUGGCCAGUGCUGAGAUGAUAACGUCCGCAACAACAACAACAGCAACAGCAACGGGCCAGCAGCACACGAGGCCUCGUCGGGUCCGCCAUCAUUCUGGGCCAGCAGCGGAGCUGGACGCUCCCCGAUCGAACCGGUCGUCGGCUCCGCCCACCCCGUUGAGCGGAGUCGAGAUGCGCGACGUGACGGGCAUUGAGGCCGACUCGAUCCGGCCCUAUCCGCUCGACAUGGACGACGACGACGAGGAGGAGGAGGAGGACCUGGUGGACAGCCUGACGGGCUCGCCGCGCUCCGACUGCGACUCGUCGAGCGUCCCGCUGGACAAGGACAACCCGAGGAGGUGUUCGGCCUGCGGCAAAGUCUUCCAGAACCACUUCGGCGUCAAGACGCACUACCAGAACGUGCACCUGAAGCUGAUGCACCGCUGCACGGUGGACGGAUGCGCGGCGGCCUUCCCGUCGAAGCGCAGCCGCGACCGGCACGCGCAGAACUUGAAUUUGCACCGCAAACUGCUGUCGACGGAGACGUCGGCCUUCCACGUCGGCGGAUGCUCUCCGCUGGCCUCUCCCGUCGCCUCGCCGACGCUGGCCAUGACGCCGACGACACCCACCACGCCCACGGCCAAAACGGGGCCGACGGCCGCCUCGUCGGCCGGCCAGCCGGACGGUGGCGGCGGCCCGGUGGCGGACUUUUCGCUGCACCAGUUCUCGUCGCUGCGCGACGAGUUUCUCAGCCGCAUCUACGCCAACGCGGAAGCGCACGGAAUGAUGCACGGGUUGGCCCCGUUCCUGGCCAACCCGCCCCACCACCACCACCACCACCACCACAUGAGUCUCAAUCACCACGGCAACGCGGCCACGCACCACCACGCCAGCAAUCCCAACAGUUUCCUGUCGGGCCUGCAACAGUCGGCCGCCGCGGCGGCCUUCCUGUCGGCGGCGGCGGCGGCCAGCGCCGCCGCCAGCGCCAACGGUGCGCCCAACGGCCACCAUCAUGCGCCCAUGAACGGCGUCAGCCUGGCUAAUCAUCACAACAACAAUCAAGUCACUAUCAUCAACGGCAAGGCGUCGGUGAGGGACAGUUCGGCGUCGUCGCCGCCCCAUCCGCCAAAUUCCACGUCGCCAUCGCCUCCAUCCGCCGCCUCGUCCAUGGCGCUGAGAACGUCCGUCUAAACAAAAUUCGUGUGGGGCAACAAGGUUUGUCUGUUAAGGGGGGGGGGGAUUUAUUAUAUUCUAAUGAAUCAUCACACACGUGAAAAGAAGAAAUUUUUUUGAACGCUUUUCUCUCGUCUCGUUCGGACCCAGUUUUUUUUUAAAUUGUUUUUAUUGUUUGCGUGUGUACAUAAAAAAAAAAGGAAACAUUUUGCAAAAACGCGUCAGAUUCCCAAUGAUCCGGAUUUAAUUUUUUCUUUUUUUAAUUGUUUUAUUAUUAUUUAAACGCGUGUGGAAAUGAAAAUGAAAAGAAAUUGAUGAAAUUUGGCAAUUGUCGUAUUCGGUUCGGUGGCGCGAAAUUUAAACUAAAAGAAAAUUGAACAUUAGAAGAGAGAUUUAAAAAAAAAUUGCGUUUUCAACGGAUCUCUUGUACGGAAAUGGAAAUUUCAUCUUAUCACUUAAUUAUUAGAUUUUUCUUUCUUUUUUUAAAAAUGAUUUCUUUGAUCGCUUUCGAGACCCCCGACAACACGAGGCGAAUUUCAUUUUUAUAUAGACGUUUCCUUUUCAGUUUUAUUUUAUUAUUUUAAAUCCCACUUUGCUAAUCUAUUUAUUAGCUUGAUCGUCGUUUGUUUUUCUUUUUUUGUUGUUGUUGGUGAAUUUUUUUUUCUUUCUUGUACAGCCAAAAAAACGAAAAAAAAAAAUACGUUUCUUUUAUACCACAACAAAAAGAAUAUCAAACAAAAACAAAAUUUUAUUUAAAAAAAAAAAAAAGAAAACAAUAAAAAAAUGAAAUAAUUUUUCCCUUUUAAAAUUAAGUGUUUCCCCCACCUCACCACCGCCUCGAAAAAAAAAAAAAAUAGGGAAAUAUUUCUAAUUCCUCUUCUUUUGGUGUUUACCUUCGUUUCUCAAUUUUCGUUAUCUUCAAAAUGAAUUGAAAAGAAAAUGCAAAACAAUAACGGGAUCUGAAAGUUGAAAAACAAAAGACGCCAAUGGGCAGCGUUUUAUUGACGUAAUCCGUCUGCACGAUAUUUUGCAUAAACUAUUAUAUAAACUAUUACUAUUUACCACUAUUAACUGUACGACUGCUAAUUUUGAAAAGAAAAAAAAUGCCUGUCGAAUAUUUGUUUUUGGGGUUUGCAUUUCCCCCUCCUCCCCCUGCCAUCCAAUUUGAAUUCGAGAGUCGCGGUGAUUUUUUUUUUUUGAAAUUUUUUUUUAGAUUUUAAUUGAAAAAAAAUGAAAUAAAUUCUCCUCCGCUGCUAUUUGCUCCCGUUUGUCCUCUCGAUAUAAUAGGCCUACCACACCUCAGACGAUGUUGAUAUCCACGAAAAUGUUUUUAAUUUUUUUCUAGGGAUUUUUCCUCUGAAAUUUUGAUUUUUUUUUUUUUCGCCCAUCUUGGCUGCUGUCCACACGAUUUUGGCCAAGAAGCCAAACAAAUAAAAAAAAAACGAGGAAAUAAUAUUCCAUAACAUAACGUUGUCCAUUGUGUGUAACAAAUGCUGUUUUGUUUUUUUAAAUUUCAUUUCAUUUACAUGUUUAUCAAAUUUGAAUGGAAGGCCUAAAAAAAAAAAAAAAAAAAGACUUUGAUUUUUAAAUUUGCUCUUCCCCAAUUUUUUUUCAUGAUGUUUACGUGUGAUUGUGGUCCAGCCAUGGCGAUUUCUGUUUCCGUCUUUAAUUCAUGUCGUCUCCCCCCUCCCCACUUUAUUUUAAUUUUUUUUGAAAUAUAUUCUCAUUCCCGAAGAAAUCAUCUCAUUCGUCAAUUUUUUAAAAAUAAAUUUUACAUGUCCCUUUUUUUUUUGAAUUUUUCUUAUUACGCGCCAAAAUGUAAUUUUUUAUUUUCUUCCUCAAAAUUCCUCACACAUUUUUUUUUUUUUUACAUAAUCGGAAUUUUCACAACCCCUUUGAAAACAAACCAAUCGUCGUCCUGCCCAUCAUUUCACUCGUCGUUUUUCACGCAUGUCUAAUUCUUUAUUAUUAUUAUUAUUAUUUUUUUGGGGGAGGGAAUAGACGAUUGGCUAGUUUAUAGGUCUUUUGCUAGCUCCAACCCGAUUGUACUCUCUCAUUUAAUAAUGUGGUUAUACGACGAUAUACGUGUGUGUGUGUGUGUGAUUGGUUUUGAUUCGCUGCUGAUUGCGCCUGUGUGUAUACAUGAAUCCGUGUGUCUGUCAAUGUCCGUUGUUUAGCAAUACAACAGAAAAAAGA